AUGUCGACUUCAUCUUGGGAGUCUUAUUUGACACCUCAAGAACAACAAUUCUUCAACAAAUGCUUUCGUGCUGCAAGUCGUAGUCAAUCGGGUCUAGUCACUGGUCCAGAAGCUGUACGCUUCUUUGCAACUUCGGGUGUUCCCAACCAAAUCCUUUCUGAUAUUUGGGAGACGGCUGAUCGUGACAAUCAAGGCUAUUUGACACCCGAGACGUUCUCUAUUGCGUUAAAGCUUAUUGCAUGUACUCAGCAUGGCAAGGAUCCCCAAAACCCCGUAUUAUCCACUUCCGUACCACUACCACAAUUUGAAGGAUUGGAUUCAGAAGCUCCUGCUGCUGCAAGUCCUCAUGUUGGUGCUGCUGCUGCUGCUGCUCAUGGUCCUGCAAUGACAAUCACUCCUGAAGAGCGUGAAAAGUACUAUUCCAUUUUCCGUGUCCACCAACCAGCAGGAGGGUUCUUGGAUGGUGAAAGCGCCAAGAAUAUCUUUAUGAAAUCAAAGCUACCAAACGAAGCACUGGGCCAAAUUUGGAACCUUGCAGAUGUACGUCAAACCGGCAACCUCAAUCAAGCAGAAUUUGCGAUUGCUAUGCAUUACAUUGCAAAGCUUAUGGAUGGUACAAUUUCAACUCUUCCUUCACAAUUGCCGCCAAGCGUUUAUGCAACCGCAGCCGGUGAUAAUAAUCCUGUGCAACCGAUUCAACAACCACAACCACAACAGCCACAGCAACAAGUACCACAACGAUCUCAGACAAUUGAUUCACUUGGCAGCUUGGCAUUUUCAUCAUCAGCGGGUGUUGAUCAACAGCCUAAUCAACAACAAUGGAAUAUUACACCACAAGAAAAGAUCCAGUUUGAUGCAUUCUUCGAUAAGAUUGAUACCAAAAGGACGGGUUUUGUUCAAGGCACCGAUGCUGUGGAAUUCUUUACAAACUCCCGUUUGCCUGAAGCAGAUCUUGCACAAAUUUGGGAUUUGGCAGAUUCAAGUCAACAAGGUCGACUAUCACGUGAUCAAUUUGCCGUGGCAAUGCAUUUGAUUCAUAAACGACUACGUGGAGAACCAUUGCCUACUACUUUACCCAAUGCACUUGCUUUACCCCAAGGAGCGAGCCCUGCCAUGGCACCGGCAGUUGCAGCACACCAAAGCCCUGCAAUGGUACACCAUCAACCUGCUGUUCAAUCACCUCUCGCUACCAAUACAUCGCCAUUUGAGAAUCAAGAUCUUCUCGGUGAUUUUGGUGAUAAUGAACAACUUACUCAGGAUACAAACCAAGUCAAUCAGCUACAGAAUCAGAUGGCAGCACUAAAGACUUCGACUGGACAAGUACAACAUCAAAAGAUGGAUGCUCAGCAAACACUUGAACAACUUGCCAAACAAAAGAAGGAGUUGCAGGCACAAUUGGCCCAAGUGCAAUUGGCUCAUGAGACUGAAGUGAAGGAAUUGCAAGAAUUACAACAACAAGUAGAAAAUGAGCGACCUGGAUGGAUGCAGGCACAACAAGAACACGACGCUGCUCAACAACAGCUUAUUGCAACACAAAACGAGAUUGCUCAACUACAACAAACAUUGGAAACCAGCCGCACUGAGAGUGAACAACUUAGAAAGCGUGUGCAUGAAAUUCAAGAUGAGACGGCUCAGCUCACGACUCAGCUCAACAAUUUACGAUCGCAGCUCAAGCAGCAAGAUAUGAUGUUGGAUAUCAAUCGUCGUCAAGUAACAGCAUCAGAACAGGAUCGUGAUCAGGCAAAACGUGACCUUGAAGACUUUAAGGAAGAGCGACAACUUUCAGAUGACAUGGUUGAAGCAGCAAAGCCAAAACCAAAAGAAAGCGAGGCACAAAAAUCACCUCAAGCUGCUGCUGCCAGUUCCCCUGCUACUACUUCAAGCAACCUCUUUGAUUUGUUUACAGCAAAGCCAACUGACAAAGAUGAGGGUGGAAAGAAGGAAGGAUCGUCAAACGACUUUGAUGCCAUUUUUGGGAAUAUCCAAUCAAGCAAACCAACAUCCCCAGCUACACAAAGCAGCCCAUUUAGUCCAUUUGAUCCCGUUGGCUGGGCAACACCACCUGAACCCACCACCACCAGCUCACCACCCAACACAACCACUAAUACAACUCGUGCAGCAAGACCAGCUCCUCCUCCACCGCCACCACAAAGUAGACAUCACCGAAAUACGUCUGAUGCGAGCCAUACAACAGCAUCCACCACCACUUCCAUUACAAAGAAACCUCGUGCUCCACCUCCACCUCCACCAACUGCUGCUCAAAAGUCAACUGAAAAGGCUGAUAAUGAAUUCGACUCUGCUUUUAUGCCAUCUACUACUACAGCCACAACAACAUCACCACCACCCGUGGAUGAUUUUGAUGCAGCAUUUUCAGGUCAAAUGAGCAAUGCACAAGUUGUCCAAGCUGGUGGUAACGACUUUGAUGGAUUCGAUGAUGCUUUUGCCUCCUUUGAUAAAGAAGCGAAACCAAGCGAGACCAAAAAGACCAAUACGAGUGAUUUGAAUUGGGCCAGUAAUUUCGGUGGAUUUGACUUUGCUGAAGGUGAUACAAAGGGUGCAGGCAACAACAACAACAACAAGGAGGAUGAUUGGGAUUCUAUCUUUGGAGGAUCGAACUCUAAGAAUACUUCUGCUGCUGCAGCUGCAACUACGACAACGGCAACCUCUGGCGUAACAGAAAACAAGGCCGACAACAAUGAGAAGAACGUGUUCGGAUUCGAAGAUGCAUUUUCUAGUAGUGGCUUUGCACCAGCAGCACCAGCAAAACAGGAGCUAGCAUUAUCAGGAGACAAUAGCAAUUUGGAUGAGUUGAUGAAAAUGGGCUUUGAACGUAAACAAGCCAAAGAAGCUUUGGAUCGGUAUGACCAGGAUCUCGUUAAAGCAAGUAACUUUUUGCUAGACCAGAGUAGUAAAUAA